AUGCCCGAGUAUCGCGUAGAGAUCUCGCCGUCCGCGCGCGCCCUUUGCCAGGACACGCAUUGCAAAAGGAGGGUGUCAAGAUUGCAAAGGGGAGCUACGUGGAAGCACUGGGGUUGCGUCUCCGGGCUGCAGAUGCAGCAAGUUCAAGAGCUCUGCGAUAAAAAUGAGGACGGAAAUUAUUCGUUUGACUUCUUUGACGGAUAUGACGACCUAAACGACCACGCCGAUGUGCAGGCCAAGAUCCGCCGCUGUGUGGAGCAAGGCCACAUUGACGCCGAUGACUUCAAGGGAGACCCGGACUACAAUGUCCCUGGCAAGAGGGGCAUCAGGGCGCCAGCUCGCCGCGGAAAGGCGCAGGCUGCCACGGACGACGAAGACGAGGCAGAGAAGCCCAAAUCCAAGCCCAAGGCUGCCAGCAAGAAGGGCAAGAGGUCCCGCGAUGAAGAAGACGACGAGGAUGAAGUCGACUCGAAGCCGUCCAAGCCUGCCAAGAAAGCUAAGAAGGGCACUCAACCCAAGGCAGAGGUAGCGGGCAAGGAUGAGGAGGAAGCAAAGCCCGCCAAGAAGGCCAAAACCAAGCGUGCCAAGGCCGAUAGUGAUGCGGAAGAGGAGGACUCGAAGCCGUCCAAGAAUGCUAAGGCGGCCGCCACGGCUAAGAAAUCAAGGGUAGCGCAAGGCAGCGAAGAGGAUGAGGUAGCGGACACCAAGCCGGCAAAGAAAACCAAGGCGAAGAAAGCAGCCCCCGUGAAGAACUCGCGGAAGGCAAAGGAAGAAAGUGAGGCUGAGGCGGACGAUGCCGAAGAGGAGGAGGAGGAGGAGCAGAAGCAGAAGAAGGAAAGCAAGCCCAAGGCGGCUCCCAAGAAGGCCGUGAAGACCAAAAGGUGCCGGCAGAGGAAGACGCCAAGCCCGCGAGCUCUAGCACAGGAGGUAGGCGUCGCAGCGCCCGUCAAAGGUCUUGAGGCGAGGCAUCAAUUGCAUUGCCGGGCAUUGGGGACUACUCGCAUGGUGCGCAUGUAUGUACGACAACAGAUUCCUACUCUUUCGUGUAUUGAUAGGCGGACUUGA